AUGUCUAAACAACCAGUUGAUCAAUUAAUAACUCAAUGGAUAUAUCAUGAUUAUUUACAAUAUAAAGAUAGACCACCAAAAAGUAAUGUUACUGUUAAAUAUGCUAAAGCACUUUUGGAUGUAGCUGGUUCUGAUGGUGUACUUACUGAUGCUGAAAGAAAAUGGGUUUUAGGCUAUGCAGCAACUCGUGGUGUAAAACAAGAAGAUCUUGAUGUUCUAAAACAAUAUAAAAUAGGUUCUGAAGAUACAACAGCUAUUUUUAAUGAUGAUAGUAAAUUAAAAACUGCUGAACAUCUUCAAGCUGAACUUAUUUAUGAUGGAUUUCGAGCGGCAGCUGCUGAUGGUGAAUUAAAAACACGAGAAAUUGAUUCCAUAUGUGCAUUAGCAAAAAAACUUGGUAUGACUGAUGAAAAAUUUCAAGCUUUGCUUGAAUUAUAUGGACAAGAAGAAGAACAUCGACAAAAACGAAUUGCAUUGCUUUUUCCAAAAGAUUAUGGUCAAGCUAUUAAAGCCAUUGAUACGCAUUAUGCACGUUAA